AAUCUUUUGGCUGAGAAGGUGGAACAGCUGAUGGAGUGGAGCUCAAGGCGCUCCGUCAUCCGUAUGAAUGGAGACAAAUUCCGAAGAUUUGUGAAGGCUCCACCUCGUAACUAUUCUGUGAUAGUGAUGUUCACUGCUCUCCAGCCACAGCGGCAGUGCUCUGUUUGCAGGCAAGCUAAUGAAGAAUACCAAGUGCUGGCUAAUUCAUGGCGCUAUUCAUCUGCUUUUUCAAACAAACUGUUUUUCACAAUAGUGGAUUAUGAUGAAGGGGCAGAUGUUUUUCAACAGCUGAAUAUGAACUCUGCUCCGACUUUUAUGCAUUUUCCUCCAAAAGGUAAACCCAAGAGAGCUGACACAUUUGACCUGCAGAGAAUCGGAUUUGCAGCUGAGCAGCUAGCUAAAUGGAUAGCUGACAGAACAGAUGUUCAUAUUAGAGUGUUCAGGCCUCCUAACUAUUCUGGUACAAUUGCACUGGCUCUGCUGGUAUCUCUUGUUGGUGGCUUGUUAUAUCUGCGAAGAAAUAACUUAGAAUUCAUCUACAACAAAACUGGCUGGGCCAUGGCAGCUCUG